UCUACUGUAAAAUUGCCAUUUUUUUCUUUGGACAGCAACAGCAUUUCUAAAGUUCUAGGGACACAGUAACAAAAACAGCCUGAUUGAUUCUAAGGGAUAAAAAGAGGUUGGAAAAUGGUAAUGUCAAAAUGAAUAAUGUGUUUUUGGUGUUUAAAAUCACAAAAGGUGAUGAGCAGACCUUAGAAAAAAGCAAGACACAGAAAACAUGUAGGACAUGGGCCAUAUUAAAAUAUUAUAUUAAAUAUUAAAAUAUCAUACUUAUAUACAUUUGUGGAAACUGAGGAAAUCUGACAGCCUGGUGGAGGAAGCUGUUCCUCAGCCUGCAGGAGUUCACUCACAGACUGUGGAAGCACUUCCCUGAAAGCAAGGGCAAAUGUGUGAAUGAUGCUGUUGUUUGCCGCCCCUCUGCGCUUUUCCCCCCGUCUGACUGCCGGAGCUGAUCAGUGCAGCACCGUCCCGGCUUCAGCAGAGAGGAGGAGAACAUGUCAGACGGCUGCAGCCUUUCGCACUGGAGCUGCUGAGUGCACUCCGUCAGAGAAGACUCACCGCAGUAGGAGGCCCACCGUUAAUGCUGAAGUAAGCAGAGAAGUAAGUAGGCUGUAUCAGCGGCGUCUGUCUUUUAAACAGCUGUUUGGAGAUAGUAGGAGUAGGAGAUGAGUAUCGGGGACAGGACACAGAGGACAAGGAUACACAUAACAGAUUAGAUUUACGAUACUGGCACAGCUGGAGCGCUCUAAUGGACCCGGGUGUGUGCGUCCUGGAGCUGCUCGGCAUAUUUUUCUCCCUGACCGCCUGGCUGUGUUCAUUGACCACCACUCUGAUGUCCUGCUGGCUCACACUAAACACGGACCUCCUGCCGACUGAGAGUUAUCAGCUGGGUCUGUGGGAGACAUGCGUGGUUCAGGAGCUGGGGGUGCUGGAGUGCCGACCAUAUGACAGCCUCCUGGGUCUGCCGCCGGACAUCCGCCUGGCCAGGAUCCUCAUGCUGGCCACCCUGGCCACCAGCCUGAUGGGCUUCACAUUGGCCAUCCCUGGGAUCUAUGUGGUGAACAGCUGCAGGGGCAUGGAGACCCUCAAAGCCAAGCGCACCCUCAAGAUGCUGGGCGGGACACUGUGCUUGGCUGCAGGAAUUCUUGGCCUGGUCCCCGUGUCCUAUGUAGCCCACCUGACCAUUCUGAAGUUCUUCGACGAGACCGUCCCUGACGUGGUCCCACGCUGGGAGUUCGGGGACGCCCUGUUCUGGGGCUGGGGGGCUUCUUUCCUGCAUCUAGCAGCUGGCUCACUGCUUGUCACCUCCUGUCUUUGCCUGCAAGGGGAGCCGUGUCCACUGCCAACGACCAUUCCACUACAAGGAGGACAUACCGACCCUGAACUGUCUCUGAGAAGGAGAUCAGAAUAUGUGUGAGAAAAAAGUUUAAUGAUUCUGCAGAAUUCAGGAAUUCGGGAUACGUUCUGAAAGCGGAUGUUCUGGAAGCAGGAUGGGUAAAAUAAGUAA